UAUCUGAGUCUGGCAACAACAAACAAAAUGUAAAAAGACGGAACUUGUUGCAAAAAUUGCAAAAAAAAAAAAUACAGAAAAUAUCUUAGACAAGCACGCGACAGUGCAGCAAUAUAAGAAGUUAAAGUGCUUAACAUACGCUCAAAAAACUAAAUGCGCAUUAAAAUGGAUUGUGAAGUGCCAGAGAAGCAAAAACAUCAACAGCAUCAACAGCAACAGCAGCAACAACAACAAAGCGCCAACAAGUUGUAUGCUAGAAAGCCACAGACGUCGCAACAACAACAACAGCAGCAGCACCAACAGGAAAGCAGCGAUGAUGAUGAGUUGAGCACAACGGAACGUAAGAAUCUGGAAUUCGCACAGAAAUUGGGCUACAGCGAGCAAUCGAUACACACGGCGUUAACGCGCCUUGGCUCAGAGGCUAAACAAAACGAGCUGCUCGCCGAGCUCAUCAAGUUGACUGCAGAUGCGCCCCGCCCACCACCCGCUAACAACAACAACAACAGUAGCAGUAGCAACAGCAGCAGCAACAACUUCUAUGGAUCACUGCGUCACAUUGUCAUCGAUGGCAGCAAUGUGGCAUUGUCGCACGGAAAUAACACUGUUUUCAGCUGCCGCGGCAUUCGCAUUUGUGUCGAGUGGUUUCGGCAGCGCGGCCAUCGACAUGUCACAGCCUUUGUGCCGAACUGGCGCAAGGAGUUGGCCAACAACAACAUUACGGAGCAGGAGCUCCUCUAUGAGCUUGAGCAGGAACGUGUCCUGGUCUUUACGCCCUCGAGGCAUUUGGAUGGCAAGCGUGUCUCGUGCUACGACGAUCGUUUCAUCCUCAAGCUGGCUGUGGAAACCGAUGGCAUUGUAGUGUCCAACGACAACUAUCGUGAUCUGCUUCUGGAGAGCAACGAGUUCCGCAAAGUGGUGCAAGAGCGUCUACUGAUGUACUCUUUUGUGGAUGACAUAUUUAUGCCGCCCGACGAUCCGCUAGGUCGCUCUGGUCCCACUCUAGACAUGUUCCUGCGCACCCAGGCGCAGCAAAAGAUGCCCGAUGCACAGCAGCAAUUGUGUCCGUACGGCAAGAAGUGCACCUAUGGCCAGAAGUGCAAGUUUCGUCAUCAGUCCACUACGUUGCAGCUACAGCGUUUGCCACUCCAAGUCUCGCACAGUGCACCGCUGCACAGCAACAGCAAUGGAGGUGGACCACAAUCAACAAGCAGCAAUUGCAGCACCAUUAGCGGCGUCAGUGGCAACAGCAACACCGCCAAACUGGCGGCACUUGCGCGCACCAAGUCGAAUACAGUUGAAAUCUCUCAGCAGCAACAACAGCAGUUAUGUCAUUCCUUCAACAGCCAAUUGGAGCUGGAGGCGGAGUCUUCGCAGCAGCUCAAUCGUCACAAGAAACUGCAGCGUCAGGCAGCUCCACAACCACCAACUUCCGCCUUCAGACUGCUGGUGCCCACUUACAGUGCACCACAACAGCAGCAGCAACAAACUCAACCAAUGAACAACAGCAGCUAUCAUCACCAGUAUCUAACGCGCACGCCAUCUGCACCGUUGACAGAUCAGCAUCAGGCUGCCAAGUUGUCGCUGUCAUUAUCGAUGCCCGUCGGCCACAAUUUGGCCCAUCAUCUGUCUGCCUCGGAUUCGCGCAUCAACGAAGAGUUGCACUCGACGCAGGCUUCGCGCGAGGAGCAGCGACGUCUGUUGCGCUAUCACUUGAGCAGUCUGUUUCCGCAGCAUCAGGUGCACGCUGUGCUUCAGCUGUAUCCCGAUGAGACGGAUGCCAAGACAAUCUGUGCGGCUAUACUUAAUUUAUUUCCACAUAAUUAGACUUAUCAAUUAAACUAAGCAAAGCAGACAAAAAAACUUAUGAUUGAGAUACGUCCGUAAAUUAUUUCAAUUUCUUGUUACAGUUUUCAAGUUCAUCAAUAUAAUAGCUACUAUUAUUAUUUAAUUAUGUAUUGUAAUUUAUUUACUUUUGUAUAUGUAGAUGUAUGUAUAUGUGUAUUAUUUCUUUACAAGCAACCUAGUUGUUUACAGCUCCAGGCCACCUGUAGCCGCCGUAUCAUAGGGCAACAUCACAUCCACGUUAUCCCUGACUACGCCCACACGACGAUCAUGUGUGCUUCUGUGAUUGCGCAGCUUGUACGCUUGGGGAAAGCCCUUGCCGCAAAUCUCGCAGCUGCCAAAAGUAAUAGAGAAAGUUAGAGUCAAUUCCUUAGAGGGACUUGCAAAUAAGGCCACUUACACGUGAGGCUUCUCGCCAGUGUGUAUCAUCUUGUGGAAUUUCAGUGUGUUAGUGUAGGUGAAGGUCUUGUGGCACACAUCGCAUUCAUAAGGACGCUCAUUAGUGUGAAUACUGAAAUUAGGAAAGAUUUUUAUAGCUGCCAUUUCACUACAACUCCAACUACUCACCGAUGAUGCUUAUUGCGCGUGGACAAGUCCGCAAAGGCCGCCGGACAAUAGCUGCACUUGUAUGGCCGGUUUCCCGUAUGCGUAUUCAUGUGUCGCGCCAACUG